GCCUGGCACAGCCCUGGAGUGUCCUGGAGGUGCCUCCAGCCCCCCUGACCCUCCUCUUGUCUCUGCAGGGAGCGGGGAUGGGCAGGGGCAGAUCCUGCAGCGCUUCCCGGAGAAGGACUGGGAGGACAACCCCUUCCCCCAGGGCAUCGAGCUGUUCUGCCAGCCCAGUGGGUGGCAGCUCUUCCCAGAGAGGAACCCACCCACCUUCUUCGUGGCCGUGCUGACCGACAUCAACUCGGAGCGUCACUACUGCGCCUGCUUCACCUUCUGGGAGCCCGUGGAGACCCCACAGGGGGAGGAGGAGGAGGAAGAGGAGCCUUCAUCCCCUGUUCAGCCCGCCCAGCUCUUUGCUCCCAAGAGUUUGGUGCUGGUGUCACGGCUGGACCACCCCGAGGUGUUCAGGAACAGCCUGGGCCUCAUCUACACCAUCUACGUGGACGGGCUGAGCGUGUCCUUGGAGAACGUCAUCGGGAACCUCCUGACCUGCACCAUCCCCAUCACUGGGGGGGCUCAGAGGACGAUCUCGCUGGGCGCGGGGGACAGGCAGGUGAUCCAGACGCCCCUCAACGAUUCGCUCCCCGUCAGCAGCUGCAGCGUGGCCCUGCUCUUCAGGCAGCUGGUACAGUAUGACCACUUCACCUACGUGCCCAUCUUGCCUGCACAGCUCCUGGAGGUCCUGAGCACCCCCACACCCUUCAUCAUUGGUGUCCACUCCAUCUUCCAGUCGGAGACACAGGAGCUGCUGGAUGUUGUCAUCGCAGACCUGGACGGCGGGACAGUGAACGUCCCCGAGUGUGUCCACAUCUCCCUGCUCCCUGAGCCCCUGCUCCAGCAGACCCGGGAAGCCCUUUCCAUGGUCUUGGACCCGGAGCUGGAGGUGGCAGAUCUCGCGUUCCCCCCUUCAACCAUUGCUGCCUCUUCUCUCAAAAUGCAGCACGUGUGUGCUGGGGUCACAGGUCGUGUGUGUCCAGGAGUGGGGACAGCACGGAGGAUCCUGCUGGUGGAUCCUGCCUGCUGGUGGAUCCUGCUGGUGGAUCCUGCCAGCUCGUGGAUCCUGCUGGUGGAUCCUGCCAGCUCAUGGGUCCUGCUGGUGGAUCCUGCCGGUGGAUCCUGCCAGUUCGUGGAUCCUGCCAAUGGAUCCUGCUGGUGGAUCCUGCUGGUGGAUCCUGCCAGCUCAUGGAUCCUGCCGGCUGCCUUCCUGGGCCAGCGGGGGCUGACAGAAGAUGACUUCCUCACCAAGGUUCUGGAGGGCAUGGCCUUCGCUGGCUUCGUCACCGAGCGGGGGGCCCCGCACCGCCCCAUCGACCUGUUUGAUGAGCUGGUGGCCUACGAGGUGAAGCGCAUGCGGGCGGAGGAGGGGAACAAGCAGAAGAUCCUGCGGCACAUCAAGGAGCUGGCGGAGAAGCUUUACAAGAACGAGAACCCCUACCCUGCAGUCACCAUGCACAAGGUGCAGAAGCCCACGGAGGGCUGUCACCUGCGGCUGCACCAGAAGCCCUUUCCCCACCUGGAUGAGGGGACCGUGCAGUGGAUCAUCGACCAGGCCACGGCCAAGCUGCAAACGGCCCCUCCAGCCGUCAGGGCGGAGAAGAAGUGCAUGGUGCCCUCAGGACCCCCCAUCGCUGCCAUCAUGGAGCGCAACGGCAACGCGCUGGCCAACAGCGCCCGGCGCCUGGAGGUGGUCAGGAACUGCAUCUCCUACGUCUUCGAGAACAAGAUGCUGGAAGCCAAAAAGGUGAGAGGGGACCCUAAGGAGCUGGCUGCGACCUGCCUUGUCCCCAGGCUGCGACCUGCCCUGUCCCCAGGCUGUGCCCUGCCCUGUCCCCAGGCUGCGACCUGCCUUGUCCCCAGGCUGCGACCUGCCCUGUCCCCAGGCUGUGCCCUGCCCUGUCCCCAGGCUGCGACCUGCCUUGUCCCUUUUCCGACCAAAACCAUUCAGUGAUUUUUCUUCCACCUUCUGCUUCCUCAGAAACUGAGCCCAGGCAUCACUCAGUUUGCCUACAGCUGCGUGCAGGAGCACGUGGUGUGGACCAACAUCCAGUUCUGGGAGGCCAUGUUCUACUGCGACGUGCAGAACCACAUCCGGGCCUUGUACCUGGACAACAACGAGGAGAACCACACGGAUGAGGAGAGCGCAGAGGGGCCGCAGGAAGCCAAGUCUGCCCUGGAGAUAGCCUCGGAGCAGCUGAGGCUGUGGCCCACCAUGAGCCGGGAGAAGCAGCAGGAGCUGAUCCAGAAGGAGGAGAGCACAGUGUUCAGCCAGGCCAUCCACUACGCCAACCGCAUGAGCUACCUGCUCCUGCCCCUGGACACCAGCAGGAGCCGCCUGCUGCGCGCCUCGGGGCUGGGCGACCUGGAGAGCAUCAGCAACAGCUUCCUCACCAACAGCAUCGCGGGCAGCGUGGCCGAGAGCUACGACACCGAGAGCGGCUUCGAGGACGCCGAGAGCUCAGACGUGGCCAAUUACGUGGUGAGAUUCAUCAACCGCUUCGUGGACAAGGUCUGCACCGAGAGCGGGGUCACCAACGAGCACCUGAAGGGGCUGCACGUCAUGAUCCCUGACAUUGUCCAGAUGCACAUCGAGACGCUGGAUGCCGUGCACAGGGAGAGCAAGAGGCUGCCCCCCAUCCAGAAGCCAAAGCUGCUGCGCCCCAACCUGCUGGUGGGAGAGGAGUGUGUGAUGGAGGGGCUCCGUGUGUACCUCAUGCCUGAUGGCCGGGAAGCAGCUGCAGGAGGGACCAUUGGGGGGCCCCCCCUGCUCCCUGCCGAGGGGGCCAUCUUCCUCACCACCUACCGCAUCAUCUUCAAGGGCACUCCCACCGACCAGCUGGUGGGGGAGCAGGUGGUGACCCGGUCCUUCCCCAUCGCCUCGCUGACCAAAGAGAAGAAGAUCAUCAUCCAGGGCCAGGUGGAUCAGUUCAUCCAGGAGGGCUUGCAGCUGCGCUCCUGCACAUUCCAGCUCCUGAAGAUUGCCUUUGAUGAGGAGGUGGCUUCUGACAGCGCCGAGAUCUUCAGGAAGCACCUGCACAAGCUGCGCUACCCCCAGCACGUGCGGGGCACCUUCGCCUUCACCGUGGGACAGUCCCCCAAGCAGGCCAUGCAGCCCAAGGCCAAGGAGAAGAACCCCUCACUCAGGACACUCUCCAAAAACCUAGUGAAAAAUGCCAAGAAAACUAUAAACCGCCAGUACGUGACACGGAAGAAAUACACCCCCCCAGCCUGGGAGCAGCGGGGCAGCCAGCACGUCCUGGAGGACAACGAGGAUGAGAUCUCAGUGUCUGAAGAGAUGGACAGAAGCACUUUGACCCCCACCACCACCAUCAGACCUUCAGACAAGAUGACCAUCAACCACCUGGUGGAGCGUGCCUGCUGCCGGGACUACCAGCGCCUGGGGCUGGGCACGCUGAGCAGCAGCCUGACCCGCUCCAAGAACGAGCCCUUCCGCAUCUCCACCGUCAACCGCAUGUACGCCAUCUGCAGGAGCUGCUGGUGCCUGGGGGGUGGUGGCCAGGGCUGGGGGCUGAAGCCAGACCCGCUGCAGCACUGGGAGCUGGUGCCCAUCGAGGUGUUCGACGUGCGGCAGGUCAAGGCCAGCUUCAAGAAGCUAAUGAAGGCCUGUGUGCCUGGGUGCCCCUCCAGCGACCUCAGCCUCACCUACCUGCGGUCCCUGGAGGAGUCUGAGUGGCUGUCUCAGAUCCAUAAGAUCCUGCAGAUCUCAGUGUUGGUGGUGGAGCUCCUGGACACGGGCUCCUCAGUGCUGGUCAGCCUGGAGGAUGGCUGGGACAUCACCACGCAGGUGGUCUCCCUGGUGCAGCUGCUGUCCGAUCCCUACUACCGGACGCUGGAGGGUUUCCGGCUGCUGGUGGAGAAGGAGUGGUUGUCCUUCGGGCACCGCUUCAGCCACCGGGGGGCGCAGACCCUGGCGGGCCAGAGCAGCGGCUUUGCCCCCAUCUUCCUCCAGUUCCUGGACUGUGUCCACCAGAUCCACCUGCAGUUCCCCAUGGAGUUCGAGUUCAGCCAGUACUACCUGAAGUUCCUCAGCUACCACUACGUUUCCAACCGGUUCCGCACCUUCCUGCUGGACUCCGACUACGAGCGCAUCGAGCUGGGGGUCCUGUACGAGGAGAAGGGGGAGAGGAAGAGCCAGCAGGUCUACAAAUCCAUCUGGGAUUACAUCGACCGGCUCAACAAGAAGGCUCCGGUUUUCUUCAACUACAUGUACGCGCCCGAGGACGGGGAGGUGCUCCGGCCCUACAGCAACAUCUCCAACCUGAAGGUCUGGGAAUACUACACGGAGGAGACGCUCUCGGAGGGCCCGUCCUACGACUGGGAGCUGGCGCAGGGGCCGCCCGAGGCGGUGGAGGAGGAGGAGCUCCAGGACACC